AUGAGUUGGAUGCUCUCCAUAUGGCUGGCUGUGGUCCUUCUCGUCUGCAAGGGACACAAUGCUCUGUUUGAAGGAUAUGACCUGUCUACAUCCGGUUACCAUCUAUGUGCUGUCCAUGAGACGAGACAGGCGAGUGUGCUGGUGACCCACAAGGUUCCCUACAAAGUGAGGCGACCCUGUGGCCGCUGGCUGCCCUGGAAGACGUGUGAAGUCACCCUUUACAGAAUGAUCCACCGGACCGAGAACAAGACGGUCACAGAGGAGGUGACGAGGUGCUGCGAUGGCUUCGCACAAGUGGGCAGUUACUGUGCCCUUCCUCUAAACCGGAGUAGAGAGUUCACCGCCAAGCCAGGGUCCUGCCCCGAUGCAAAAGGGUUGCCUUCCAGUAAUGAAGACUGCGAGUGGGACAUAGACUGUCCAGGAUGGCAAAAAUGCUGCAAGAGACCCUGUGGCUCUUCCUGCACCGCCCCUACGGGGUCACCACAGUAUUCAGAGAAUAGAAGAUGGCACCUGAACGUGACUGUGACCGUGAAAAUAGACUACCAGCAACUGAUGUCUUUGGAUGGCGGGCUUCUGGACCACACAAGAAUGCUGCACGCUAUGGUGACUGGUGCGCUCGACUCGCCUGCUGUCUCCGUUCACUACGUCAGCUCUCAGCCCGUGCACCCCUACAGAACUGCCACUUCACUGCUGGUCGCCUGCAACGCCACCUUCUCGCUGCCGAACGCCACAUCAAAACUGCAUCUUCUCCUCCGGCACAUAGAGGAAGUGUCAUCUGUAACGGUGGAGGAUGUGGAUGAAUGUUUACACACUAGUCUCAGUACCUGCUCCCCUCAGGCGGAGUGUAACAACACAGUCGGCUCCUACCAGUGUACCUGUCACCAGGGAUACACCGACGCUCACCCCCGGCACCCUGGAGCAGUUUGUGAAGCUGACCAAAAUGCGACAACCAGCACCGAGCAUCCCACAUCCUCCCCCACCGUUUUGACACCCAUCUCCAUCUUUACUCCAACUAUGAACACAACCCAGGCAGUUUCCAGUGCCACCUAUGACUCUGCAGAAAACAGCAGCGCAGAUAUCGUCUCCUCCUCUGAGACCAGUGUGCCGGCAGCACUGACCCCUCCCUUUAUCACCAGGUUAUGGUCGUCCAACGUCACUGGCACCUCCUUCUUUCUUUAUUGGUCCAGCCAAUUGGGGAGCAACCAUACUUACCUGGUUGUUCUGAGGCAGGAGUCAGAGGUGGUACGUCAAUGGGAGACCAACCAGACCUCCACGGAGGUGACGGGAUUGCAGCCCGGGUCUCUGUACAACAUCACUGUCACUCCUUGUGCUUGUGGAAGCCGAGGUGGCAGCCUCCACCUGUGUGUCAAGACAGCUGCGCAGACCCUUGAAGCCACGGCUCGCCUGACCAACAUCCAGUUUACUGAUGACCUGCUAAACUCUAGCAGCCAGGCCUACUUAAACCUCACUCAGACUAUUCAGGAAGAGAUCUACCAGUCUCUUGAUCCAAAGAUGAAGGCCAUGGUUGACUCAGGAGAGAUGAGAAUCAAGAUCACAAGUUUGUCCCAAGGCAGUGUGGUGGUCAACUUCACCAUUGUCCUUAAUUCCGAUCAGAGCCCAAAUGUCCACAACGUGUCCUCAGCUUUGAUGUCCGCCCUACUCAACAGCUCCAAAUUCACUGUUGAUGAAAACAACAUGAGCAUUCACGAUUUUGAUGAAUGCACUACUGGGGAAAAUGAUUGUUCCCGAUGGGCUCAAUGCCGCAAUACCUGGGCCUCCUAUGAGUGUUUAUGUCUGGAUGGCUUCAUGGACACUGACCCUGCAAGGCCUGGACGAGUAUGUGAAGCCGAAACCACACCAGCUGUCACAAUUCCAACCAUCGAGGCUGUUGGUAACAACACCGCUACACCUGACACCACCAUCCCUGUCCAUAGCCCACAAAACUAUACCCUUACUACCCCACCUAGCUCCACUACUGCCACUACCUCCACCAGUUCCACUACUGGUCCCAGCUCCAUUAAUGCCCUCACUCAUAGCAGUUCCACAGCUAAUGACACCCACAUCAGCUCCACUGCGACCCCUACCCCCACCAGCUCUGCCAUUGCUCCCACCCCUACAAUUGCCCCUACCACCACUAGCACUACUAUCCCCACCAGCUACACAAUUACCCCUACUCCCACCGGCUCCGCUACCACCCCUACCACCACCAGCUUUAGUACUGCUCCCUCACCUACUACUGCCUCCACCACCACCGGUGCUAACACCCCCACCAGUUCCACUACCACCUCUGCCCCCAUCAACCCCCCCAUCAUCCCCAUUACUACCCUAACCCCAAACACCAGCUCCACUACUGCCCCUACCCCUGCUACAGACAGCCAGGUUACGCCUGAGGACAUCUCGGUCGAAUGUCGAGCCGCUGCCAUAACUGUGACGGUGACCAGGGAAUUUCUAGUGAGGGAAAAAAUAAGUGACAGCGCCCUCCACCUGGGCAUGGAGCAGUGUGGUGUCAACAGGAGCAACGCCACCCACGUCCAACUGAUCUUAGCAUGGGGCGAGUGUAACACAACACUCCUGCAUAACGAUACUUACUACUCCGUACAAGUGACGCUCUUCGACAGCAUGGUUCAUCUGGCUUUGACGAAUGGCACUGCAGAGGCACCCAAACCACGGCUUGAGGUGCCCAUCAUGUGCACCUACAGGAAGAGCAUCCUCGUCUCCACAGGCUACGGCCCCAAGGGUUAUGACAUGAUCAAAGAUGCCAUUGUGGGUUCGGGAACAUUUCACGUGACCGUGCAGCUGCUGAAUGGCGAUUCGCCCCUACCCCAGAACCACACCUUGACGCCGGAGGAGGAUGUGGUGGUGAAAGUCAGCCUCAACACCACAGCGGAGCAGAUUAAAGUGGUCAUCAACAGCUGCUGGGCCACCCCCAGCACAAACCCACUGGACAGCACCAACUACAUCUUCCUAGGAGAUGGCUGUCCCAUGCCUAACAUGUACACCACGGUUUUGGAGAACGGGAACUCCAGCUCAUCGCGUCUCUCCGUCCGGAUAUUUUCCUUCGUUGAAUUGGACGUUGCCUAUCUGCACUGCCAGGUCCAGAUCUGUGUGGAGACAGGCUCCACCACCUGUGUGCCUGACUGCACCGGGAGAAUGGAACGGUUUGCCAACACGAUUGGGACGGCUUACGGUUGCUCUGGGCCUCUUCUUAGAUCAGAUCUCGAAUCCACGGAAGAGGCAUUGGAUGUUUUCCAUGUGGUGGGCUUCAGCCUUCUAGGAAUAGGCACGACCCUCGUCUUUCUCGGUGGUUUCAUUGCUGUUUUCUACUACCAGAGGAACCGCAUCGGACACUACAACUUCAGCCUCAAAGCCAAGGAGGAGAAAUUCACCUACCUGGUCUUCAAUACCUAG